AUGCUUGUGCAUUUUGUCUGUCUGUCUCUCCCCGACUUAGUUAGCGCCUUUGCGACAUCAGGAGAGUUUCCCCUUAACAGAAGUUUGGAGGAGCCUUUUGCAAUCGCCAACAUUUCCCGUUUCUUUUCCUGGGCUAACUACAGCCUGGCUGACUGGCAGAGCYUGGUGGGCAGGAGCCGGUCCGGGGCCGAGUCGCAGAACCUCGCAGCGAAAGCCCUGCUCAUCGCAGCCUACUCCUUCAUCAUCGUCUUCUCGCUUUUCGGCAACGCCCUCGUCUGCCACGUCGUGAUCAAGAACAAAAGGAUGCACUCGGCCACCAGCCUGUUCCUCAUGAACCUGGCCGUGGCCGACAUCAUGAUCACGCUCCUCAACACGCCUUUCACGCUGGCUCGUUUUGUGAACAGCACGUGGAUAUUUGGGAAGGGGAUGUGCCACGUCAGCAGAUUUGCACAGUACUGCUCCCUGCACGUCUCUGCCUUGACCCUCACAGCCAUCGCCGUGGACAGGCACCAGGUUAUAAUGUACCCUCUGAAACCUCGCAUAUCUACUGCAAAAGGUGUCAUCUACAUCUUUGYAAUUUGGAUUAUGGCAGCUUGUUUUUCCCUCCCACAUGCUAUCUACCAAAAACUCUUUACUUUUGAAUACAGUGAGGAUGUCACCCGCUGCCUCUGCCUCCCAGAUUUCCCGGAGCCAGCUGACCUCUUUUGGAAGUACCUGGACUUAACAACCUUCAUUUUGCUCUAUGUCCUGCCCCUUUUGAUCAUCUCUGCUGCCUAUGUGACAGUGGCCAAGAAACUCUGGCUGCGCAACGUCAUUGGGGAUGUCACCGCCGAGCAGUACUUUGCCCUUCGCAAAAAGAAUAAGAAGACUAUAAAGAUGCUGAUGCUCGUAGUCAUCCUCUUUGCAGUCUGCUGGUUUCCCUUAAAUUGCUACGUUGUCCUCCUGUCCAGCCAGACCAUCCGCACCAACAACGCCUUGUACUUCGCCUUCCACUGGUUUGCAAUGAGCAGCACCUGCUACAACCCCUUCAUCUACUGCUGGCUCAAYGAGAGUUUCCGAUCGGAACUGAAGGUUUUGCUCCACAUAUGCAGAAAAUCUCCUGGGCCUAGAGAACAGAGGCUUCCCUCCACAGUGCCAUCCUACCAACUAGCGUGGCCAGAAAACAGCAACUUCACAAAAUUGCGUGUCCCCCGUGUCCAUCCAUCAGCCUCCAAAAUUCAGUCUGGAAAGACAGACAUCUCUUCAGUCGAGCCAGUAGUCACGGUGAGCUAAACAGUGUCCCCAGGAAACUGUGAGGACUGUACCCAGGUUUGAGCAGAGCUAAAACAGUGGCGAGAGGCUGAGCC